AUGGAUGUAGAUAAUAAGACCAUUUCCAGUGAUUUCACCCUCACAGGGCUCUUCACUCACAAUAAAGUCUCAAGCUUUCUUUUCACCAUCAUUUGUGCCAUAUUUUUCAUGGCCAUGAUAGUUAAUGGAGUCAUGAUCUUCCUGAUCCACAUAGACCCUCACCUCCACACCCCCAUGUAUUUCCUUCUCAGUCACCUUUCCUUCAUCGACAUGAUGUACAUCUCCACCAUUGUGCCUAAGAUGCUGAUCGAUUAUCUUGUGGGCAAGGGAACCAUUUCAUUUGCUGCUUGUACAACCCAGUACUUUCUUUAUAUGGGCUUUGUGGGGGCUGAGUUUUUCCUGUUAGGACUCAUGGCCUAUGAUCGCUAUGUGGCCGUCUGCAAUCCUCUCCGCUAUCCAAUCCUCAUGAACCAACGGGUCUGUUGGAUGAUCUUGGCCAGCUCUUGGUUUGGAGGUGCUUUAGAUAGCUUUCUCCUUACCCCAAUUACCAUGAGUCUCCCAUUCUGUGCUUCCCACAAGAUUAAUCACUUCUUCUGUGAGGCACCCACUAUGUUGAGGCUGGCCUGUGGAGACAAAGCUGCCUAUGAAAUGGUGAUGUAUGUGUGCUGUGUCAUGAUGCUGCUGAUCCCCUUCUCUGUAGUGAUCGCUUCCUACACCCGGAUUCUUGUCACAGUACACCAGAUGAAGUCAGCAGAAGGGAAGAAAAAAGCCUUUACUACCUGCUCAUCACACAUGAUGGUUGUGACAUUGUUCUAUGGGGCUGCCCUGUAUACAUAUAUGCUUCCUCAAUCCUACCACACGCCAAUAAAGGACAAGGUCUUUUCUGCCUUUUAUACCAUCCUCACCCCCUUGUUAAACCCUCUUAUCUACAGCCUGAGAAACAGAGAUGUGGCAGGGGCCUUAAAGAAGGUUUUGACACGAUGUCCAGGGCCCUCUUGUGUGACACGGGAUGAAUUCUGA